AUGAAAAUCUCCAAAACGACUGAAAGCUGUGCUGUUUGCGGAGAUUUAGCCACUGGCUUUCAUUACGACGUUGCUAGCUGCAAUGGCAAGACGUUUUUCCGACGUACCUUGGUUUCUAAUCGAAUUUAUAAGUGCUAUAAAAAUGGCAAUUGUACAUUUGACAAAGAUAUGAGAUGCGCAUGUCGUGCUUGUCGAUUUAAUAAAUGUGUUGCAUGUAAUCGUACAGGACGUAUGACAUCACCACAAGAAGUAUCAAUUUCUACUACCUCAUCUAACUGUUCUUUGGAUUCUGUUGAUAUAUCUCAAAAUUGUGAAACUACAAGCUCGAUCAGUACUGAAAAAGAAUUAUACUGUUUACUAUCAAAACCCACAGAUUCUGAUCGAAAACGAUCUAGAUCAAGUCUAGAUCAAAGCAAUUCUACUGCAUCUAAACGAGCCUAUACUAUUUCUGCUCUUCUCGGUUUCUCGAAACCCACUUCUAUAUCAAAUUCAAAUGAAAAUUUAAGUUUAAAAUGCAUGAAGCCAGAUACCAAGUCAUCAUCAACUUCUGAUUUAACCUUUGACUUUUAUAAUGCUGUACGAAAGCAAUGCAUAAUGUCAGAGAAACAUGAAAAGCUAAUCUUGCAACUUACUCGUGUUCAAGACGGUAUUGAUGAAUUCAUGAUUACCGACAAAUCUAACACUUCAAUUUCAAUACUUGACCUUUUAACACGACCAUCAGUUAUUGAUACAUCAUAUAAUAUUAAUAACUCUGAUGAUGAAAACGAACAACAAAAACUAUGCAGUAGUAGCGCUGGAGCUUCAUUAAAUUGGAAGUUAGAAGUUACUGUAGAAUAUGCAAAAACUUUCGAUGUAUUUCAGUGGAUGCCUCUAAGAGAUAAGAUAAUAUUAUUACGUGAUGUUAUUUUUGUGCUGAUUUUAUUGGACACUGCUUACAAAAAGUCUAUUUCAAAAAGCAUUUCUGUUCUAAAUCAUCGAAAUGAGAAAGAAAAACAGUUAAAUGGAGAAAGUACUGGAAUGUCAUUACUAAUCGAAAGUAUGAACAGAAUUAAGCUUGACAGAAAAGAAUUUUCAUUAUUAAAAGCAAUUGCUUUUGUACAUCCUGAAUGUUUUGGUCUAUCGUUAAGUAGUUUUAGGAAGUUAUCAUGUAAACGACAACUUAUUCUUGAUGCUCUAUUCAAUUACAUGAUUGUCAGAUAUGACAAACGAGGUCCAGUACGUUUUGGUCAUACUUUAUCGAUACUAUGGUCUGUGUAUAGAGCAAUCAAUUCAUAUUUGGAAGAUUUAAUUGACCUGGAUUUAGAACUACUCACUACAGAACUUCUUGCUAACAAAUUACCGGAACAUUCGAGUGUUGAACAAUGUCAUAUGUAUAUACUCAUGCUCAUAUCUAUUUACCCAAAUAAGUAA